CUCCUAUCGUACGAAGGACCCCGGCUAAGUACUGCUCCUUGAGCGUCUGCUACGAAUAUUCCUCCUGCAAAUGUCACCACACCUGCGAGCAGCCCAGCUUGAUGCGCAUCAUUGCUUUAUGACCGAGCUACCUUCUCCAUAGACCGUAUUGCAAUGACUCGGAGCUGAGGUAAGAUGGAAGUGGGCCGUCGAGCUCCUGGCAAGCCCCGCCAGAAAGUCUGGAAGCCCAAGGUCAAGACUGGGUGCAUUACUUGCAGGACACGUCGGAUCAAGUGCGAUGAAGGCAAACCGACCUGCGCGCGGUGUUCUUCAUCAGGGCGAAAGUGCGGCGGCUACUACCAGCACCAAACCAAACCACCUGAAAUAGGAUCGUGCUGGGAGGAGCACUCAUGGCAACAUUCCUGGACACCUCUAGCAGUGGUCGCUGCUCCAGUACGCCCAACGAACGGGACUCGAAUCAUGCCAUACCCUCAAUUACUGGUCUUCGACAGCAAGGUGGAAGGACAGUCUUUCGAGUUUUUCCGCUCGUAUUCCGUCCCAGAGCUGACGCAAUUGUUUCGUGUCGAUGAGGAUUUCUGGCACCUCUCUAUCCUUCAACUCUCCAUGACUCAGCCGGCUGUUCGAUACGCCGUCACUGGACUAGGGGCAUUGCAUCAGAAGUUCUCCGUCGGACAUCAAACAGUCAUCCCUGACGAUACGAGAGAUACCCAGGUACAAUUCGCCUUGCGGCAAUGCAAUCGAGCCAUUAAUGCGCUCUCGGAUACUUCUGCUGCCGCUCAGGAACCGAUGCAUAAAGUCGCCACGCUGAUGACCUGCAUCCUUUUCACCUGCUACGCCUCUCUACAGGGUCAUCAGACGCACAGCAUCAUGCACUUUCGGAACGGUCUCAAGUUGCUUGACAGUCUCCAGCGUUCAAUGGACACUGCCGGCAACGCGGGAAGCCAAUAUGACGAGCUGUACAAUGCAUUCGUCAUGGCACUGACCACUCUUGAGAUUCAGGCGCGCACUUUAAUCUACGAUGAUGAGUGCGAUGAGAUUCUGCCUGCUUCAAUGAUACAAUCUCAUGCAUCGGACCAGCUCCGUUCAACCAGCAGUAUAGACUUCAAGACUCUAGCCAACGCUCGAUACUACUUCGAUACCCUGCUGAGCGACCUGCAAUGCCUAGUUCAGGACUGUUACGUGCAAGACGAAUGGACUCUGACGGGCGCACGGCCACGCCAAUCCACCGUGGAUCGAUAUCAGGCCCUUUUACGAAGAAAGGUCGCUGGGGACAUAGCAUUCGAGCUUCUCCUGAAACGACAGACGAAGCUGGACGACCGAGAUCAAAAGACCGUGCUGGUCAUAAAGCUGCACGGCUGCCUGAUGGACAUUUACCUCCAGAUCUUCCAGCUAUCCCCGCAUUACGGAGAUCUGGUAUGGGACUACUUUGAAGCCAAUUAUAGGACGAUUAUCGAUCUGAGCCGUCAGAUCUUGGGCUGUGACGACGACGAUUCGUCGUCGAUGCUGUUGUCGCCACCACCAUCACCACCCAGAAAAGGAAGCAACGCCGAUCACAGCCCGCCAAAUGGCAAAAACGGUAUGCUUGAACCGAUAGCGGACGCUACAUCGAUUCUGAAACAAAAUGUAAAGCAUCACCGGCCGGUCUUUGCUUUCAGCCAAGGCGUGGUCGGGCCUCUUUAUACUGUCGUCGCGCAGUGUCGCGAUCCAAUGCUUCGUCGUGAAGCGAUAAGUUUACUCCUGCGGUACCCGAGACGAGAAGGGCUUUGGGACAGUUUUAGCGCAGGCAGGAUGGGAUGGGAGAUUAUGAACUUGGAGGAAGGACUGGCUCGGGAAUGGCAGCAACGCGAUCAAAAUAGUAAGAACUUCGAACUUCAGACCGCCGCAGAUAUUCCGGUUUCGUGCAGAGUCAGAGAUGUGGAUCUGCGUAUGGCUGGGCCUCGAGUUGCCACGGUGCGAUUGAAGACUGUGGAAGAGGUUGACAGAGGGGAGCGAGGAAGUUUCCACAAGAUCAUGACGUGGUGAAGUCAGCAGCUGCAUGACUUGAGCCGCAUGCAUGCAUGCUUGAAACCUCGACAUUUUCAUGUGUCCUGUUUGGCCACCACUCGCGAGCUGAAUUGUCCAAGGAACAUCGACUGUACACGCACAAUUUGGCUAGAGGGUAGAGUACUGUCAUUGGGGGGCAACGUCGACUUCACAAGUUGCUGGCCACCGCUCUUUACGACCAGACACUCCUUUUGGUAGGUACCAGGGCCUCUUAAGGACCUUCAUCCACCAGCAGCCGGCUACCUCCUCUCAGCAAGAAACAGUCUUCAUUUCCCCGGAAACAGUUUCGGGGGGUCAUGGUUUACAGUUUCCCACACUCUUCCUUCCCAGUUUUCCUCGCAGGGCAGCUCUCCCUGGCUCUGAAACUUCUUCGCCAACCGUUCGGCUUCUUCCCAGACGCGCAAUAGAUUGUCGCCGAGCAACAUCUUCACCUGCGCAUCAGUAACAUUACCACGAGCCAGAAGGCUUGCGAUCAGGUUCGGCCACUGCGAUGUAUCCUAUAAAAAUAAAAGGGAACCGAUAUGUCAGCUUCAUUCAGUCAUGUGCAGACAACCAACAGCAUCUCAACAAGAACAUACCUCAAGACCCUUCACAACAGAAGCCGAGCCAUCGAAAUCAGAUCCCAAGCCAACGUGCUCCCAUCCGGCUUUAUCGGCAAUCCAGAGGAUAUGGUCAAUCAGAUCUUCCAGUGUCGCUUCUUCUGGAUGCUCCCAAUUCAUGAAGAAGGUGAUCGCGGGCACCAUGACUAUCCCUCCGUUGCGUUUGACGGCCGCAAGGACAUCGUCGGGAACGUUGCGCAGAUGCUUGUUCACGCUGUAAGCACCAGAAUGUGAGAAAAUGACAGGUGCCCGGGCCACUUUCAGCGCAUCUCGCAUCGUGUUUGGCGAGACAUGGCUCAAAUCGACCAGCAUGCCGAGGCGAUUCAUUUCGCGAAUGACGUCGGCGCCGAACUUGGUGAGCCCAGCGUCUUUGCCACUUUCCAAAUCCACGCUGACCCAGGAUGUCGCAAAGGCGUUGUCGCAAUUAUGAGUUAUCGUCAUGUAUCGGACGCCGCUUUCGAAGAACAGCCUCAGAGAACCGAGUGAAUUGCCCGUUUGGUGGCCUCCCUCCACACCGAUCAUGCUGGCUAUCUUGCCUUUUCUGUGGGCGCGACGGACACAUGAAGGUUCGACGCAGAGUUCGAGGAGAGCCGGGUAGUGAGCCACCAGACGCUUGGUGAUGUCGAUUUGCUCGAGCGUGUCUCGGACCGCCCACUAGCACGCGGAAACAUCAAUCUUGUUCAUUGCGCAAGUGGCAUCGGGGAUCGGGAGAAGUGUGUGUAUACAUACAUUUGGUUCAUUGAGGUCUGGAACACGCUUGUUCGGGUCACUCAGGUCGACGCCGGGGACCAGAUCUUCCGGGCAUGGCACGUAGACGGACCAGAACUGCCCGCCCAUCAUGCCGUCUUUCAUCUUCUGGAAGUCGCUGUGGCUUCCGAUGCGCUCGCUGUCGAAGUCGUGGUCGUAGAUCUGGUUGUGCAGCUGCUGUCUCAGAAGAUAAGGGAAGUCGUUGUGACCGUCGAUCAACGGCGUACCUUGAAGCAGACGCUUUGCCCGGGCCAUGUAGUCCGUCGGCUCGAUCGGGCUCAUGCGUUGUGCAAUUGACGUGAACGUCGACGCCGAUGUCCAGUCUAGAAGCGUCAGUUGCAGAUUGAGAGGGUCACCGAGGGCGACAAGGGCUAUUAUGGCUGCCAGGAUAGCAGUUCCGAGCAUGUAGGUUGGCCAUGUUGAUGCCGGUUGUGGUUUCAAUUUUGUUGAGGUUGAAUGACCGGCCAUUCUGGUGGUCAGCUACCUCUUGGGUGCCUCUAACGUUCAGGUGCUUGGGCUGCUAGCAGAUCAAGUCCAGCUUAUCCUGUGCUAGGAUGAUGUUGUGUCCGGCAAGAAAGAGAUCGAGGCCAGGCUAACAUUCGAAUGUCACAAACAAAUACUGUACUAGUAAGUACUGGUUACGACUGGAGAUGAAAGCCGUGAGUUCUGAAUCUGGGAUGAAGGGCCCUAGCGAACCCGGGGACCAUCGUUAUCCUUCGUCGCCCGGACAAAGUGGAAAGAGAGCGUACCGUCACGGCAGCUCUCGCCGAGUUGGAUGGAGUACUACUGUAAAAUAGUUAGUUCGGUGUGUGGAUUGAACGAGCAGGUUCAAUUCCACCAUCCGUGGAUAAGCGACGGGGGCGUGCAUGUCCGUUGAACGAGGGCUAGCGAGGCCCAUCA